UGACUACAGUUGAACCAAUCAAACUAACACUUGAUAUCCAAGAUUUGGUGUUGAUUACAAUCGUCAAAUGUUUCAAUUAAUUGAUCAUAUUGAUUUUUCUUAAUCGGCAUCUCUUUUCCCAUCAUUGUCUUCAUCUUGACCAUUAUUGCCCACUAUCACCUCUAAUUACUUUGUUUUAAGAAAACUUUUUCUCCUCCUCCUCUUUCUUGUCUCACCUUCGUUUCUCUCUCUCUCUCUCUCUCUCUCUCUCUCUCUCUCUCUCUCUCUCUCUCUCUCUCUCUCUCUCUCUCUCUCUCUCUCUCUCUCUCUCUCUCUCCAUCUUAUCCCCUAGCUCUCUCUCCUUAUCCUUUUUGUUUUUCUAUCUCUCCCAUUGUAUCGUUAGUUUUUUUUGUGUCUUCAUCAAAUUAACUUGAAAAUUUAAAGUUUUUAAAAUUGAUUGAAUUUCAAUUAAAUCAAAUUCAAUUGGUUAAUCAGUUGGAUAUUUUAAAUCAGUUGAUCAACUUUCUUUAAAUCCGUUCUUCUCCAAUUAAUCAUGGACGUUAUCGACUACUUAGACCAUAAAUGUGAUCCAACUUGGUCACAAACUCCUUGUUCGAGGUCAAUAUCUGUUCGUGUCCUCCAAGAGGAGCUUUGGGAUAAGUUCAACAAAAAAACAACCGAAAUGAUCGUCACCAAGGCGGGAAGGCGAAUGUUCCCUGUGAUCAAAUUAGAAAUUCAAGGGUUAGACCCUUUUUCUAUGUAUUUGGUGAUAAUUGAAUUUGUUCAAGUGGGUGAUUAUCGAUGGAAGUUCAUCAACAACGAAUGGGUCCAAGGAUCAAAAAGUGAAGCGAAAUCACAAAGUCGCUAUUGUUUUUAUACACACCCGGAAUCUCCUAACUAUGGGUCCCAUUGGAUGAAGAAGGAGAUCGAAUUUCCCAAGGUGAAAUUAACCAACCGAACUCCUCCCGAAGAAGGACAGGUUGUGUUAAAUUCACUGCACAAAUAUGAACCAAAGGUUCAUGUUAUCAAAUCGAAUCCAGGUCAAGAAAAAGAAACGAUCUGUUUUCGUUUACCACAGACACAAUUUAUCGCAGUUACUGCCUAUCAGAAUGAAUCGAUCACAGAAUUGAAAAUUAAAAAUAACCCAUACGCUAAAGCGUUCGCCGAGAAGAGCAAGAAAAAAGGAGUAUCCAAUUACGAGGCAAAUCCUUUUUUCGAUACGAUUUCGUAUCAGCAACAAAUCCAACACCAACAACUACAACACCAACAAUUACAACAACAAUACCAACAACCUCCCCAACCAGUUCAUCCUCAACCACAACACCAACAACAACCAUUUUUUUAUAAUUGUUUUCCAAACCAAAACUCAGGAUGUAACAAUUUUUACAAUUAAAUCAAAAGAAUAAACAAUAACCGAUAAAUUAUUAUUAUUAAUCAUAAAUUGUUACUAACUAGUUAAGUAGUUAGCUAAAUAUAUUAGCGAUAUAAAUUAUAUAUAUAACUUUAAACUACAUUUUCUUAUUGUUGUUAUACAAUAAGAAAAAUGUUUAACAGAAAAAUUAACAAUUAAAUGUGAAUUUAAGAUGAUGUCAAU